AUGUCUGCGUCCACCGCAGAUCUCCUUGCUGAGCGGGCAGAGCUGCGGAGGCUCAAUUUGAGCCCGGCACCCCAACGUGGCGCUUUUGCGGCAAGGAGCUCACGGCUAAAGUUUGACGUGAAGAAGGCGACUGCGUUAGCGAAGCGAUUCAAAAACUACUCCGCCGAGGCGUCGGAAAAAGCGAUUUUGACGCAGAUUGAGACUGUGAGCCUUGGUAUGUUCCUCUCCGAGGCGGCCCACGGCGUCGUGCAGUCGCUCUGUCAAGGGACAAGGAUGAAGCCGGCGGAUGCCCAUUCGCUAGCUGUAGUCUGCUCUGAGGUACACCAGCGCUACGAGGAGUUUUGGCCCUCGGUCCAGAAGGAGUUGAGGGAGAAUGCUGAGAUUAUUGUGGACGCCGGGGCACUCAAGGCUGCUGUGGAGCGCAUCGAGGAAUACGCGUCAGCGACGGCACUAACCGCUGGCGAAGGAACUGCACCGCCAGCAACGUCGGCAGCACCUUCGGCGCCUUCAGCGCCCCCUGCUGCCACAGUCAAAAACCCUCUCCCACUGUCGUCGGGCAAGUCGCCGGUGGAGGAAUUUAAUCGUCUACGCCUGGUCGCCAGGGUGUUUUGUGAGUGGUGGCUCGUGGGACUCUUUGCGGACGCUAAGCCAGUCUUGAACCUCUUGAAAUUAUUGAAAAAACUUGCGGAGAGGCGGGCGGGAACGCCAAAUAACUCCCUAGCCGUUGCGACAGUUCUCUCGAUCACGGUCCUUAUGGUGCGCGAAGUAGGCAUCGAGAUGCUUGGCAACGAGAAUGCGGCGUUGCCAUGCCUCUUUGCCGGAAAAGGGGGUCGAUGA